CAAAUUACGAGGCGCCACAAGUCCUCAGCCACCGCUUAUAUAACAACACUUCCCUCAGGCUGCUAAUCAGUUUAUAGACAGUCGUCGUAAGUGAGUCUUCGCUCUCGCUUAUCAUCGCUUACGUGAAGAGACCUUAACAUUGAAGUUCUAAAGAAGGCUAUGGUAAAAGGCAUUCGAUUCCUUCCAAAGGGGGUCCUUCUACUUCCACUCUGGCUCCUGCUUGCCCUCCCCGUGGACGCUGCUCCCAGGACCUCCAGACAAGCCUCCAACCCAUGCCUCCCUGGGUCAAUAUGCACUAUCCUGACCUCCUGCCCUGACCUGCUCCUGGUCCUGAAGAACCCGACGCCCUCAGGAAUCAAACAGCUACAGCAGUCGACCUGUGGCUUCGCUGGGAGGAUACCCAAGGUAUGCUGUCGAAACCCCGCCCGUGGAGGCCCCAUAACCCCGCCCAAUAAGCCACCUUCACCCACCACCCCUACGUCAACGCACCCCCAGACUCCGCCCCCAGCCCGAGAAAUCACCACGCCCUGCCUCGGAAAUCGCCACGCCCCUGCUCCGGAAAUCGCACGCCCCUGCCCGGAAUCACCACGCCCCCUGCCUCGGAAAUCGCCGCCCCCUGUCCCGGAAAUUACCACGCCCACGACCCGUCCUCCCGUCCCCUUUCCCGGCCGAGCGCUGCCUGCCGAAGAGAAGGGGGAGGACCUGCUACCCGAACACUGCGGCUACUCGCCCUUGGGAACCAGAAUCUCACGGGGGAAAAAGGUUCGGUUCGGCGCCUUCCCCUGGAUGGCUGUGCUGGGGUUCGACGCUCCCGGAAACGACCCAAAAGCCGACGUGAAGUGGGGUUGUGGCGGUUCGCUUAUCAACAGACGCUAUGUCCUCACGGCUGCCCACUGCACGAUGCCCGAAUAUAACGAGAAGCAUACCCUGAGCAAAGUGCGGCUCGGGGAACAUGACCUGAGGGCGGAAAAGGACUGCAGGAGAGCGGGAGGAGGGGGAGAAAUAUGCACACUUCCCCCGCAGACAUUCGGUAUUGAGGAAGUGGUUGCCCAUCCCACUUUCAACAAAAGGGCCCCUGAGAGUGAUGACAUUGCGUUGAUCAGGCUGGACAGAGAUGUGGAUCUUAAAACCCCUUUCGUGCAAUCUAUAUGUCUCCCGACUGAGGACACGGACCCAGAGAAAUUCGUGGGAGAACGCGGGGCCAUCAUAGCAGGUUGGGGGGUGACUAAAUCGGGUUACAGUCUCGGCAGGCUUCUCUCAGCCACCGUGCCUCAUGUCCCUCUGAGCGUGUGUAGGAAGAACUACCGCAAUGUGCUGCUGAAGGAACAGGUGUGUUUCGGCGGGGUGGACUUCAAGGACUCCUGCAAGGGGGACUCCGGGGGCCCUCUCUUCCAGACCAAGUACCCAGGGGCGCCGCACGUCCAGCUUGGCAUCGUCUCGUACGGCUACAAGAACUGCGGGACAGAAGGCGUGGCUUCCAUCUACACCAACGUAGCGUCCUACAGGAGGUGGAUCUUGCAGAAUCUGAAACCUUAAAACUCCUUCGGGAUUUCGUCGAAGUCGCUUGUGUGGAGUUGGAUCCGAAGUUCAGCCCUUGAAGAAAAAAAAAUUAUAUAAAAUUAUUAUAC